CACAUCUCCUUGUAAGCCUUUUCUUACCCAUUUUCCCCAUUUUCGUGUCCCUUUUUGCUACCUUCUCUUUCUCUCUCUAGAGAGCACAGUUCCCAUUUAAGUUCUUGAAUAUAAAAAUGCCCACAAUAAUGAGCCCCUGUAUUAAUUGAUACGGAGUACAAGAAGAGCAAAGAAAACCUUAGCUGAGUUGAGAGGUCUCUUCUCUUCUCUCCUCUUCUCCCCCAAAAUCUCAUCUUUCAGCUUUUCCCAGCUCAAGAAUCCCUCAAAAAGAAAGCUUUUUAUCAGAUGUCGUUCUCAAGCUCAGUGAAGCUCCUUCACUCAUUCUACCUCUCCCCUGAGCUGGGCCCGCUUCGAAUUCAGCUCCCGUGAGCUCAGUCCUGAGAUCUCGGUGCAUGAGGGUUUUCAGCUGGAGCUUUCAGUCCUGCUUGCUGGGUUGUUGAUGUUCUGGGGUUUGCCUGUUGGGGGUUCCUUUUUAGCUGAAUGUGGUAGUUCUGCUGGAUUUGAGGGCUGUGAUUGAGAAGAUCUGAGGCUUUAUGAGGCUUAGGGGGCUCCUGUGUUGGAUUUGUAGUGGUUUUGGAUGAUUGUUUUCGAAGGGUGUUCGUGGAGAUUCUGCAGCUUUGUGGGGGUGGGUGGGUGGGGUCUGAUAGCAUUUCGUCAGUCAUGGGGUUCAGUUGCCUGCUGAAUAUAUUCAGAUAAGAAGGGAAGGGGACUGUUAAGUUGUGGUAAAGGGUGGUGUUCUUUUUAGCUGUGAAAGAAGCAAAAGCUUCAAUUUUGAAGAAUGAGGCUCUCUUCGCCUGGGCUGAACCAUCAAUCUCAAGAGGGGGAGAAGAAAUGCUUGAACUCAGAGCUGUGGCAUGCAUGUGCAGGGCCUCUUGUUUCACUGCCUUCUGUCGGAACCCGUGUAGUCUACUUUCCACAGGGACACAGUGAGCAGUUCAUAUUUCUUUUCCAGGUGGCUGCUUCAACCAACAAGGAAGUUGACUCUCACAUCCCCAAUUAUCCAAAUUUACCCCCACAGCUCAUCUGUCAACUUCACAAUGUUACUAUGCAUGCAGAUGUGGAGACAGAUGAAGUUUAUGCUCAGAUGACCCUGCAGCCGCUUAGUCAGCAAGAGCAAAAGGAAGUAUAUCUACUGCCUUCAGAAUUAGGUACCGCAAAUAAACAGCCGACCAACUACUUCUGUAAGACUUUGACUGCAAGUGAUACCAGCACUCAUGGAGGAUUCUCUGUUCCUCGCCGGGCAGCUGAAAAAGUCUUUCCUCCUCUUGAUUAUUCGCAGCAGCCUCCUUGUCAAGAAUUAAUUGCAAGGGAUCUUCAUGAUAAUGAAUGGAAGUUCAGACACAUCUUUCGAGGUCAGCCCAAACGACAUCUCCUCACGACUGGUUGGAGUGUGUUUGUUAGUGCAAAGAGACUAGUCGCCGGUGAUUCUGUCCUUUUUAUCUGGAAUGAGAAGAAUCAAUUGUUUCUGGGAAUUCGGCGUGCAAGUCGUCCUCAGACUGUCAUGCCUUCGUCAGUUCUAUCAAGUGACAGUAUGCAUAUUGGCCUUCUUGCAGCAGCAGCUCAUGCAGCUGCCACAAACAGUCGCUUUACCAUCUUUUACAACCCAAGAGCUAGCCCAUCAGAAUUUGUGAUUCCUCUUGGGAAGUAUGUCAAGGCUGUGUAUCAUACAAGGGUCUCCGUGGGCAUGCGGUUCAGGAUGCUCUUUGAGACAGAGGAGUCGAGUGUCCGACGAUACAUGGGAACAAUAACUGGUAUUGGUGACUUAGACCCUGUUCGCUGGCCCAACUCCCACUGGCGUUCCGUGAAGGUUGGAUGGGAUGAGUCCACUGCUGGUGAGAAGCAGCCACGAGUGUCUUUGUGGGAAAUUGAACCUCUGACAACAUUCCCUAUGUACCCAUCUCCUUUCCCACUACGACUGAAACGCCCUUGGCCUACUGGUCUGCCCACUUUUCCUGCUAUGAAGGAUGGAGAUCUGAACUUUAAUUCUCCGUUGAUGUGGCUUCAAGGGGGAAUGGGAGAUCAAGGGAUCCAAUCCAUUAACUUUGGUGGGACACCCUGGAUGCAGCCGAGGCUUGAUCCUUCCAUGGCAGGCCUACAUCCUGACUUAUACCAAGUGAUGACCACUGCGCUUAAUGAGAUGAGGGGAGUGGAUCCCAUGAAAAUCGCCUCUCAAUCACUUCUCCAGUUCCAGCAACCACUGAAUGUUGUCACAGAUCCGCUAGCAGCUUCUUCGUUCACUCAAAGGCAGGUCCCACAUCCUUCCCAUUCUCAGAGUGCAUUACUCCAAAACUUCCAAGAAAAUAAGGGCCCAUCGCAGCCCCAGCUUCCCCAACAGCAACCACAGCGGAAUCCAUCUCAUAAUGAUCGCCAGCAGCAGCAAGAACCGCGAGAAGUUAACCAAGUUCACCAGCAAGUCCCGAGCAUGAUCUCUCUCCCACAUUAUACAUCAACUGCCCCAGCUCAGUUAACUUCUCUGCAGCAGAACUUUUCGGAUGGAAUCGGGAACACUAUUGGAGCUUCUGAAGUUUCUGCUAUGCAAAGAAUAUUAGGCUCACUAUCCCAAGAUGGAACAUCGCCGAUACCAAGCUUGACUGGACCCAAUCAUUCAUUCUCUUCCUCUCCAUUGUUGCAGAAGCACAUACCUGUUGAACCUGCACUUCCUUCUGAGGCUACUCAUUGCACGAUUCCUCAGGUGGACCAUUUGGGAGUUCCACGCUCAAAUGUCUCUGAACUCACAAGCUUGUUGCCUCCAUUCCCAGGAAGAGAAUAUUCUGUCUUCCAUGGUGCUAAUGAUCCACAAAGCAGCGUCCUCUUUGGGGUUAACAUAGAUUCUUCAUCCCUCAUGAUGCAAAAUGGAAUUGCCCAGCUGAGGAAUGUAGGCAAUGAGAGGGACACGUUAUCUGUGCCAUUUGCUGCCUCAAACUUCAACAAUGCUGUGGGCACAGAAUUCCCAAUCAAUUCAGACAUAACAACAUCAAGUUGUGUGGAUGAGACAGGGUUCUUGCAGUCUUCUGAAAACGUGGACCAAGCAAACCCUCCACCACGAACCUUCGUGAAGGUUCACAAGUCAGGUUCCUUUGGGAGGUCAUUGGAUAUCUCCAAGUUCAGCAGCUAUGAUGAGCUAAGAAGUGAGCUCGCUCGCAUGUUUGGGCUUGAAGGCCUACUGGAGGAACCUCAGAGAUCAGGCUGGCAGCUUGUAUUUGUCGACCGGGAGAAUGAUGUCCUUCUCCUCGGCGACGACCCUUGGCAGGAGUUUGUCAACGAUGUAUGGUACAUCAAGAUUCUGUCUCCAACUGAAGUCCAACAGAUGGGCAAGGCAGGCAUCCCUCCUGUCUCCUCUGCCACGAGCCAGAGGCAAUCGAAGAUCCGCAAGAUCUAUGAUGACUAUGUGAGCCGGCAGGAGCUGAGGAACUCGAGCGAUGGGAUUGCUUCCAUAGGGUCUCUUGACUACUGAAGCCGACUUCUCCCUGAUAUCUGAAGACUAUUGAGAAGACAGGCUUCAUAUGCGAGCACGUGUCUCGACUAGUUAAAAGUACGUAAUCGGACAGAUAGCGGUCUAUUAUAACAUUGUGAGCUGUUUCAUAUGUCUCUGUUAUGGCAAUGUCUAUGUCCAAAGGUUCGACCUGCCGCUUUGAUUUGUAAAUUAUGGCGCUGACAGGAGGAUACUAUGCCCCCCCUAUAAUUACUACAAAACCAUUGAGAACAGUAUCCUUGAUUAGGUGGAAUGUAGGAAUCUUGAACUGCUUCUUUCUCCAGGAGCAGAGCCGUUACUGCUCAUUUCUGGUUUUCCUA